GUGCGAUAGGAUAUUAUUGACAGUUCAGUUACUGUAUCGGGCAGCCGUGUUGUGUGUUGUCUCCGUAAAUAAACCAAGAAACGAGAGAAGUUGUCACAUCAGUGAUUAGGCUACCCAAUUCACACAAGAUUAACAUCCUGGACCUGCAUGUUGUGACAAAUCCACUUCCUUACCCCAGGAGUGAGAGGGAGACACAACAUCGAUGCAGCUCGUCGAAACGUUUAUAAAAGGCCUCAAUGGCCUGAACCCGCAACAACUCCAGCUACUGAUCGUGUCCUCAGUGGGUGUGGGGCUGCUAACAUGCUACAUGUUAUUCAAGAAGAAGGUCCCAAAGACCAUCCCAGUGGGAGAUGGCUGGUGGGGCCGCGGUCAGAAGCCACUAAGUGAAGACAAGAAGAUAUAUCCCUUUACAGUACAGACUUCAGAAGAUGAAAUCCAAGAUCUUAAACGGCGCAUUGAUCAAACAAGACACACUGAGCCCCUGGAGGAUGGUCGCUUCCACUAUGGCUUCAAUUCAGUUUAUAUGAAAAAGGUUGUGUCGUAUUGGAAGAACGAGUUUGAUUGGAAUAAGCAGGUGCACGUGCUGAACAAGUACCCCCAUUUCAAAACCAACAUAGAAGGGCUGGAUGUGCACUUCAUUCGUGUAUCUCCACAACCACGGGAGGGUCAGAAGGUCUUGCCUCUCGUUAUGGUCCACGGGUGGCCAGGGUCCUUCUUCGAGUUCUACAAGGUCCUUCCCAUGCUCACAGAGAGGCAGGACGAGGUGGUGUUUGAUGUCAUCUGUCCGUCCAUCCCAGGAUACGGAUACUCAGAGGCUCCACAUAAAAGGGGCUUUAAGUCUAUGGAUGCUGCUCGAGUCUUCCACAAGCUGAUGGAGCGUCUGGGCUUCAGUGAGUUCUAUGUGCAGGGUGGAGACUGGGGCUCGCUCAUCGUCACUAACAUGUCCCAGAUGAAGCCAGAAUGUAUCAAAGGUGUACACUUGAACUUGUUGUGUGAGAUAAACCAGGGUCCUGGCUUGGUGAUCUCUCUCAUGGUUGGACGCUACCUGCCUUUUCUGGUUGGCUUCACGCGCGAAGAUGUCAGACGGCUCUACCCCUAUGUGGAGAAGAACGUGUAUGAGAUUCUGCAGGAGACAGGAUAUAUGCAUAUUCAAGCCACUAAGCCAGACACAGCAGGUUGUGGAGUGAACGACUCCCCCAUGGGAUUGGCUGCCUACAUCCUGGAGAAGUUCUCUACAUGUACUAACAAAGAGUAUAGAGAUCUCGAAGAUGGAGGCCUGGAGAAGAAGUAUACUCUAGAUGACCUCCUCACCAACGUGAUGAUCUACUGGACCACUGGAUCCAUUGUCUCCUCCAUGCGAUUCUACAAAGAGAACUUAAGCAGCAAUCUAAUGAACAGAAUAGAUUACAGGACUGGUAUUUACGUGCCGAUGGGAUUUGCGGCGUUUCCUCAGGAGCUGAUGCACUGCCCUAAGCCCUGGGCUCGCUGGCGCUUCAAGGACAUCCGCUCCUACUCUUACAUGCCCAGCGGGGGACACUUUGCUGCCUUCGAGGAGCCCAAGCUGCUGGCCGAUGACUUUGUGCAGUUUGUGAAAAAGGUGGAAAGCAAAAAGAAGUAAAAUUGCAUACAGUACACAUUGGCAUUUCUUCAAAUGGCAUUAUAUUGGCAUUGUACUUGUAUUCUUUUCUUCCUUUUUUUCAGAAAAAGAAACAUUGUUUUGCUAAUAAGUGGAUCUGUUGUUAAUCUGUGUAAAUUAGCUGCUGUCCAACAAUAUGUUGUUUUUUAAUGACCAGAAUGAAGGCGCUUGUAUUGCAUUUAAUCUGAAAGAGGUAUUUGAGUUUGCUAUUCCCAACUGUCUAUGUAUGAUACUUGAGUGGGACUGGUAUAAGGAAGUCGUAAGCAUUAUACUACCCCUUUCUAUGUAGUAGGUAAAAAUAAAACUAUGUUUUGAUGAAGGAGUGCAGAAGGUGGCUCAAUCCCAUAUGGACAUUUUCCCAAAGAGCCACUGUAAUGUCCAGUGGCAGAUCAGAAGGCCUUCAUUUUUUAAUACUACGGGGGUGUUGGGAUGCUUAUGGUGAGGUUAAGGGGGCGUUGCGAGGCGUAUGAUGAGUUCCAGGGGUUGUUUAUAACCACUGUUCUAGUGUAUCUUCGAAGAGAGUGAAGACUAUUAUUAACCCAUUGAUGCCUGAUGUUGCGUUGCUCAACAUUGGCCCUGGCGCCUGGAGCUGCAUUACGCAACAUUGAGUGCGUUUACAUGCAGUUCAGUAUCCCGAAUAUGAGGCUUAUCCCGGUUAUGAUCAUAUUCGGGAUAAGGUGUUUAUAUGCGCACAGAACGUUAUAUCCCAGUCUACAUUCUUGGCCGUUAUAGAAUUCUCUUCAAAUGCGUGUAGCCUGGAUACCAGCAACAGCGUUCCAUGGGAAGCCCCUGUAUUCGGGAUAAGGUGUAUACAUGCGUCAGUAUCCCGGCUUCUUUCGGAAAACUCCACCUAGCAUAUCCCGAUUUCUCAGUAUCCCGAAUAAGGGCUUAUUCGGGAUACUGAAGUGUUUAUAUGCGCAAACGCAAAUUCGGGAUACUUAAUAUCCCGAUCAUAUUCGGGAUACUGAACUGCAUGUAUACGCACUCAUUCAGGCUCAUGAGAUUUGAGACAAAUUUAUUAAAAAUCUGUUUGUUUGAGAUGAAUGAACACAGCCUAAUGAAAGUUGAGGGUCUUGGCGUUUAAAUGCAACUUAGUGCAUAUUUUAAAGCUGAUAUAUUUAAGUUUUUAUAUAGGCUGAGGGCAGCUUUUCUUAAAAAGUUCUCAGGCAUUUAGCACGCUUUUUUCCAGGUGCCUUAGGCGUCAAAGGGUUAAACCAUUUUUUCAAGUUUUCAUAGUUGGUCGGGAUAUGAAAUGUUUAUUUAAAUGGAAUUUCAUAUUUGCACUUUAUAUGGCUCAAUCAUGUUUUUAUGCAUAUGUUAACUACAGACUGCCUACUUUUAUAGCUGAUUUUGAGGCCAGACAGACAACCCUACCCAUACCAGCUGCCUGCCUAAUCUGAACCACCUAGAGCCAGCAUGGACCACAGACAAGCAUUUUCAGCCAAAAAAAGGCACUCUUCCAAGCCAGUAAACUGUGAUUUUUAGUGGCAGUGCGCAAAAGCCCAAACUUGAAACAACAAAUGGUUUCAGGCCCUGUUGCCCAAGAGAGUUGGACACUGCUUUACAUAAUUACAGAUGUAGUCUGCAUGAACCACUCACAAUAAUAGGCUCAGUGGCUUAUGGGAAUGAUAGAAGCUGGCUUGCACAAACUUGACUUGCAGACCACGCCUGACAUUAUAUACAUUAUACUGUAUAUACGACUUGGUCAAAUUCCAUAAACUUCAGAUAUGCAUUUUAGGAAGAUGCAAAUGUCUCCAUGCUGGCUCGGACCCAUCAAUUCAGACCUCACAUCUUUAACCACUCCAGUCACUUCUGUCCUUCAAGUUCAAGUAAAAGAGAUUUAUUGUCAUUGCCAAACAAGGCAACAAAAUUGCGGUGGGACAACAACAUUGCGUAUGUUUAAAAGGUAGAGUAUGUAUUUUUUUAGUAGUUUACUUCCAGACUUGCCAAUUCACAGGUGAUAUAUUUUUAAUUGUAUUUUCCACCAAUAUGAACUUUUAAGUAGACCUAUUCAUUAUGAUGGGGAAAAAGACACUUUUUUCAUACAUAAAAAUAUGUCUCUUCUCCAUAUCCAUUUCCAGUAAUAGACAUCUUUAGCUGCAGAACUUACUGUUCUUUUCUCAGACCAGUAAAUAUUUGCAUUUGUUC